AUGGAUCUCAAGACCGUCCAGACGCCAGAGUGGCCGCAGCGCACCACGCCGACGCCGCCGACGCUCAAUCUGCCCUCCGUCGCCUCGCUUACCACCGCGGCUACCGGCGACCGCACCUAUGUGCUAGACCUGCUGUUCGAGCCGUCGCAGCCGCUGCACAACCUCGCGCUGCCUCUGCUCAGCGGCACGCAGUUUGCUUCCUAUGACGAUUUGAUUGCUGCUGUUGGCGUCCAGUUGACUGAGCUCGCCGAGAGCCCCAGCACCAGCGACACGGCGUGGUUGGAGCAGAUCCUGGGCGCUCAUCCGCGCCUUGGCGAGAAGAAGGUCGAGAGCGCACAGAGCAGGGCCGAGCAGGCCAAUCUGAACAAGGCUGGCCCUGGAGCCGAGGCUGAGGCAGCUGAAUUAAAGAGGCUGAACGAGGAAUAUGAGAAGAAAUUCCCCGGUCUCAGAUAUGUUGUUUUUGUCAAUGGUCGUAGCAGACCCGAGAUCUUCAAAAACAUGACGGAGAGGAUCGAGAGAGGGGAUGUGAAAGCAGAGAGGCUCGAAGCCAUCAAGGCAAUGUGUCAGAUCGCGUCCGACAGGGCUCGCAAGCUACAGAACCAGCAGUAG